AUGGAUUUACUCGCCCCGACUACGAGCGUUCGGCGCGUCUUUGUGCAUCCCGCGAGGACGGUGGUUCCACAGGACGUGCCCAUCUCCGCCAAUGUGUGCGAGGUGCCAUCUCGUAUCACAGAUCAGAGCUCUUUAUGGGUUUGGCUCAAGAAUCUCCAUCCCGAUGUGGAGUCGAUCUACAGAGCAGGAUCGGCCAUGUGGGUUGAAGUUAAUGAAGUGUCCACCAGUCCUUUGCCGCCCUCGUUCACAUUGCAUGUCCGCAGAGCACCGCCAGCUCCAUCAAGUCCAUUGAGCUCAACUCUUGCCAGCAUUUGCCGAGAUGCGGUAGCAAUGGCUACCGAGUUGAUAAGCUCUUAUGGUGUUCAUGGACAACAUGAGGCUCUUACACUCCAGGCUCUCUCCGACCCUACUAAAGAGAGCAUCAUCACGACCAUGGAGAGCGCGGAAACGGUGGCAGUGAUGGGCCGACAGUGCAUCAGCUCACUUAUCACUUUUAUCCGGGACUCGACCGUCAGGCGCUCUAAGUUUAACUUCGUGCUCGGAUCAGCAUCGUCUGGAAAGACUUACAGCGUCCGUGCUGCGUCCCUGUUCCUCUUUCUGGAGUUUGUUUCCUCGGCACACGGAAGGCUGAUGCACGUCAACGGGGAGGAAUUUUCGAAUUAUCCAGCUUUGACGCUCAUCCGCUCGCUUGCCUUGGGUUAUCACGACAGCAAUGCCGCUCACUACUACAUUCAGAACCUCAAGGAUGACAAAGAUGCCAAUCAGGUGAUCAAGAUCAUGCAGAAGAUAGUUCGGGGUGAUAACAAUAGAAGGCUUUAUCUGGUGCUGGACGGUGGUCCUGAGAUCUCUGCCGAGCAUGCGGUUUUACUCCGGAGUAUUGCUACUUUUGGUGCUGUAGUCUUGUGCGGGAAGUGGCAAGAGUUUCUGAAGGUGCAAGAUCGCUCACUUUUCAUCAACGGCGGAUUCAACGAGGUUGAAAUAACAAACUACUUGGCAUUCGUGAAGGCCGACGCUAAUACUACAAAAGAAAGUAUUUGGUGGAAGACUGGCUGGGUUCCGGGAUUGGUUGCCACCAGGAGCGAUCGGAAGUACCAUGAGACUCUUAAAGGGUACAUCCGGAAUCUACCUUCGGAAGAUUGGCCCCGUUUCUCCAAGCUCAUCUCGAAAGGAAUUCUUGAGGAUGAUGGCGAUGACGACAUUUUUGCAGAGCAAGCCACCGGGCUGUUCUACAGGGGUGCUGACGGAAUAGCGAGAUGUCUCUCAGAGCAGCUUCGUUCCUACGCAGCAAACCAGUUCAUGCUCGUGGCAAGUCUAGUGGAUAAGGAGCAGAUCGAUGAGCAGAUUCGGCUGUGGACAUCAGUUAUCCAAAGCGAUCCCGGUAUUUGCUCACGAAUUGGUCUGAACAUAGAGCAGGCAUGCAUUCUUGUGGCCCGAUACAAGCAACCCGUCAUAGAGUAUGACCAAGAUGCUUCUGUGACCAUAACUCCGGCAGCAGUCCGCCAAUUUCGUGGGAGCUUUACAAUGGCGAUGACCAAAGGGAUCUCCGUUGCGACGCUUUUUCUUCCUAUUCAUGGGACUGAGAAAGGACUCGAUUGUUACUAUGUUGCAUAUUCGCACUUCGUAGUCAUCCAGUUUGCAACAGGGGCUCGAGCGAUUGAGGAUCACAACCAUAUCAGGCCGAGAGCACGGGAAUUGUUCGUCUCAGAUGACAAGUCGAGGUCGCACGUCCUGGCGUGGGUGGUAUACUGCACGAGUCAUUGGUUUGAGACAAGGAAGCUUGAUGUGGCGGGAGGUGUCUACCAUGAGGUCUAUCUUAACUUCGGGUGCUUUGACAAGAUCUUAGCCUGUAUCGACGAGAAGCUGGAGAAGCUGCGGGAUGGGAAGUACGGUGGAGAGGCAAAUCCUAGAUGCUGUGUUUGUAAUAAUCAGGAGACUGUUGAGGACGCGCUGUGGGUGCAGUGUGAAAACUGUGAAUGCUGGUAUCAUCAGGCUUGCGAGGAUUUGAAGGUCCAUUGCCAAGGUUGCUUGGAAGUUGCUCGGAAGAAGGAAGCCAAGAAGGCAGCCAAAGCCCAAAAGGAGCAGGCUCGAAAAGCAGAGGAAGUCCUAAGGGCAACUGUUGCAGCGGAGGUACAGGAGGUGGAAGUGCAUGCAAGGGACAGCAGAGCCAAGAGGAGGCGAAAAAAUGCAAGCUCGUAAAAUGCAAUAAGGAAAUGGUUUGUAGCCGGCAGGACUGUUGCCAGGGGUCUCUGUUCUGAUGCUAAACUCGAUAAGAGACAGAUUAUAAAAGCGUUAGCAUUUUGACCACGCUCUCCUCUCUGUACACUGGGA